AUGCUUCCUCACGAUAUCAUCACUCUACUGGCUUCUGCUGUUCUCAUCUCAAUUGCCGGUGGCACGCCAACGACUACCGCGAAAAUGGUCUCGCUCAAACAUCCAGCUAUUGAUGUGGCUCGCUCGUUCGCUGCUGCUGAGCACAACGCCCCUGCCGAAAGAACAGUGCGAGUUGACAACCCGGAGGGCAAAGACGAAGAGAGAGAUGUCACUAACAAAGUCGCGGAACUGGGCUUGGCAGGACUUCGUGGUUGUGCUCAACAGAAAACCAGACGUCAAAACAACGGAGAUCAAGGUGUUGACGAAUAUUUACGGCGAGCGAGACCUGGCAAAGUUGCUCAACAACUCAUAUGGAACGAGAGCUCAAAAGACAUGGCGCGCACGUUGCAGUUCGCGCAGUUUGAAAAGUGGAAUUCGAUGGGCAUCAAACCAGAGAGCGUUCAUCGGACUGGCAGCGCGGACUCCAACUUCCUGGGUUAA